UAAUAUGUAAGGCCUCACAGAUCGUAUGAUCAGGUGUAAUCCCAGUGCACGAUAACUUGCCUAAAUUUUGACCAUCCAAACAAGAUCAUAUCCGCAAGUCGGCUUUUAGCAAGCGGGAAUCUCAUGUGACUAAAUUCUUGUAACGGGUCGAUGGGAAGCAAUCAAAUGACUAUUAAAUGUUGGUGUUUGUGAGUUGUAAGCACUGGGAACAUAAGAUCAAAACGGUUUCCAAUUGCUACACAAUACAAAUCCAAUGGCAGCUCAAGGUAAUGCUGAGGCUCAAGAUGGCAAAGGGUUCCUUACUGGCUUUUGGGAUCGCAUUGUUCUGCUUCUGUGCAGCCAUGAAAGCAGAAGCAGAGUACUUGUCUUAUAAGGAUCCCAAACAGCCCAUAAAUACUAGAAUUAAGGAUUUAUUGAGCAGGAUGACCUUAGAGGAGAAAAUUGGCCAAAUGGCACAGAUAGAUCGUAGUGUUGCAUCCAGAGAGAUCAUGAAAAAGUACUACAUUGGGAGUGUACUGAGUGGCGGAGGGAGUGUUCCAGCUAAGCAGGGUUCGCCGGAGACAUGGGUGGACAUGGUAAACGAUUUCCAAAAGGGUUCAUUGUCUACGCGUCUUGGGAUACCAAUGAUUUAUGGGAUUGACGCUGUUCACGGCCACAACACUGUCUACAAGGCUACCGUUUUUCCUCAUAAUAUUGGUCUUGGAGCCACUAGGGACCCUGCACUGGUGAAGAAGAUUGGAGCUGCAACUGCCCUUGAAGUGAGGGCUACAGGCAUUCAAUAUGCUUUUGCACCUUGCGUUGCGGUCUGCGGAGAUCCCAGAUGGGGCCGGUGUUAUGAAAGCUAUAGUGAAGAUCCCAAAAUUGUGAGAGCAAUGACUGAGAUUAUCCCGGGAUUACAAGGAGAAAUCCCUUCCAAUGGCCGCUUAGGGGUUCCUUAUCUUGCUGGCCAAAAGAACAUUGCUGCAUGUGCUAAGCACUUUGUUGGUGAUGGAGGAACGACUGAAGGCAUCAAUGGGAAUAAUACAGUGAUCAGCAGGCAUGGUUUGCUUAGCAUCCAUAUGGCCGGCUAUUAUAAUGCAAUUAUCAAGGGUGUAUCAACUGUCAUGAUCUCCUAUUCAAGCUGGAAUGGAAUAAAGAUGCAUACUAAUCGUGAAAUGAUCACUGGUUUUCUUAAGAACACGCUGAGAUUUCGGGGAUUUGUCAUCUCAGAUUGGCAAGGCAUUGACAGUAUUACCUCUCCUCCUCAUGCAAAUUACACAUACUCAAUUGUCACUGGUGUCAACGCCGGAAUUGACAUGAUCAUGAUUCCAUUAAACUAUACAGAAUUCAUUGAUGGUCUAACCUUCCUGGUUAAGAACAAUUUUGUUCCAAUGAGCCGAAUUGAUGAUGCAGUGAAGAGGAUUUUGAGGGUGAAGUUCACGAUGGGCAUCUUUGAGCACCCAUUGGCCGACUAUAGCAUGACCCAAUACGUUGGUUUGCAGGAGCACAGAGACCUGGCAAGAGAAGCAGUGAGGAAAUCUCUUGUGCUGUUGAAGAAUGGCGAAUCCGCAGCCAAGCCAUUGCUACCCCUCCCCAAGAAAGCGAAACGCAUUCUAGUUGCAGGAACCCACGCUGAUAAUAUUGGUAACCAAUGUGGUGGGUGGACAAUUGAGUGGCAAGGCCUCAGCGGCAACAUCACAAAAGGUACCACAAUCCUGACUGGUAUAAGAAAUGCAGUUGAUCCAACAACAGAAGUUGUGUACAGCGAAAAACCUGAUGCAGAAUUCGUCAAGUCCAACAAGUUCUCCUAUGCGGUUGUUGUGGUGGGAGAGCCACCAUAUGCUGAAUCAUACGGGGACAGCUUAAACUUGACAAUUCCUGAACCAGGCCCUAGCACCAUUACUAACGUUUGUGGGUAUGUGAAAUGCGUUGUAGUUCUGAUCACCGGCCGGCCUGUCGUUAUUCAGCCAUACGUGAAUCGAAUUGAUGCACUUGUAGCUGCUUGGCUUCCGGGAACUGAAGGCCAAGGGGUUGCUGAUGUUUUGUUUGGUGACUAUGGUUUCACGGGCAAGCUUCCUCAUACAUGGUUCAAGACGGUUGAUCAACUGCCCAUGAAUGUCGGGGACAGACAUUAUGACCCGUUGUACCCAUUUGGAUAUGGCCUGAGCACAGAAGCUAAGAAGGGCAAUUGAAACCCCGAGUGAGAAAAUUUUCUGAUUCAAACAUAUUUUUGGUGGAAAAUGAAAAAUAACAGGCUACUAGUUGAUGAAAUUGGUGCCAGUGAUGUGAAGUGUACUUUCAUUCUAGUAUAGUUUUACUAAUUUGCUUUUAAGGUGGAAAGCUUUUUUAGCUAA